UUUAAAGCAUCCAAAAAACAUAGGUACGUACGAUCCUGUACAUGAACCGUUGAGCCAAAAGAGAGAAAGAUCGAGUUCAUUUCAAAAAAAAAAAAGGAAAGGGAGAACAAGAAGCAACGAAUCAUCUAUCGAAUCGAUCUCCGAUGAGUCUCAGAAUGAUCGAAGCGGUAUUCACGAGCGAAACUCUUAUCGGAUUCAUCUCCGACACAAAAUCAUUUGAAUCCGUCACCGAUGAGUAUUUCCAGAUCCUGGAUCUAGACAGAGACGGAAUCAUCUCGUCGUCUGAGCUCCGGCGAGGUCUGAAUCGGAUCGUGUCGGUGGAGUCAGAGGUCGCACCGGAGGAAGAGACCGCCGACGUUUACAAGGCGAUUCUCGAGAGAUUUGGCGAAGAAAUUGGUCGAGAUCAAUUUAGGGAUCUGGUUUCAGAGAUUUUGAAAGCCAUGGCUCGAGCUUUCGGGAAAUCGCCGGUAAUUAUGGUGGUUCAUUGCGACGGCUUGAUCAUGAAAGCUGUUCGUCACGAAUCGAAACAAGGUCAGUAAUCCAUUCGAAUCACAUAUUAGUCAUAUCGAUAAUCUGUCAGACAAACAACGAUUUAUUAAUUUUUGUCGAUUUCAUAAAACUUUUAAUCAUGUUGUCAACUCGUCGAUUUUUUUUUUCGUUUUCGGAAAACAAGUUUCGUUGUCAUAGGUUGAUCAUGAACACUGUUCAUCACGAAACGAACACAAGGCAUGUGAUUGAUUUUGGUAACUCAUUUUUCCUCUGUUAACUUUUGUCGAUUU